AUGGACUCGAACAAAAAACCGUUACUCUUCCUAGAAAUGACACUGCGUGACUAUCCGACGGACCCUAUCAAAACCCUCAUCGACUCUGGCGCCACCUCCAACUUUAUUUCCCCCUCCUUAGUAGAAAAACUCAAAAUCCCAAAAACCCUACUUGAAAAUCCACGAGUAGUGAGAAUGUUAGAUGGUACCAUAUCUCAGACUGGUCGCAUAUGGCACCAGGUUCAACUUGCGGUCUCGGCCAAUGGCCAUCCCCACAUUAUCCCUUUCCUCGUUUGCCCCAUAGGCAACACACCGGCUAUUCUAGGCAUGACAUGGUUAACGGCAGAAGCUCCUUUAAUUGAUUGGCAACAGGGACUAGUCACCUUCCCUGAACAAGUUCAAAUUGCCUCAGAAGAAGAAGCGGACUCAGACCCCUUAGCGGACCUUCCCCCUCAGUACCAUGAGUUUGCUAAAGUCUUUGGCAAAGAAGAAUUUAAGGUCCUCCCUCCACAUAGGGAGUAUGACAUCUCUAUAGACCUUGUCCCGGACGCCAAACUGACCCCUGGCCCCAUAUACGGCAUGACGGAUGCAGAAUCUAAGGCGUUGAAGCAGCACAUUGACGAGGAAUUGGCAACGGGCAAGAUCCGCCCCAGCACCUCAUCUGCCGGCGCCCCCGUCAUGUUUGUAAAGAAGGCAGACGGAUCCCUCAGGCUGGUUGUGGAUUACAGGAAGUUGAACAAGGUUACCCACAAAAACGUCUAUCCCCUACCAAGACAGGAUGACCUCAUGGCAAAACUCAGGCACGCUAAGAUCUUUACCAAGUUGGACCUACGUUGGGGCUACAACAAUGUACGCAUCAAGGAAGGAGACGAAUGGAAGACGGCCUUUAGAACCAAAUACGGCCUCUUUGAAUAUCUAGUCAUGCCAUUCGGCCUCACCAAUGCCCCUGCAGCGUUUCAACACUUUAUGAACAAUCUAUUCAGGGACCUGAUUGAUGUAACCGUGGUAAUCUACCUAGACGACAUCCUCAUCUUCUUGGAGAAAACUGAAGACCAUCCGUCCCAUGUCAGAGAGGUACUAUCGCGCCUCAUGAAGAACCAACUAUUCUGCAAAUUGUCAAAAUGCCACUUCCACGUGACCACCGUAGACUACCUUGGUAUUGUCAUCUCCCCGGACGGAUUCUCAAUGGACCAAAAGAAGAUUGAGGCGGUCACCUCUUGGCCCACGCCCAGAACGGUUAAACAAGUCCAGGCCUUCCUAGGGUUUGUGAACUACCUCAGACGCUUCAUCCCCAAUUUCAGCUUGGUUGCUCGCCCCCUCCAUAACCUCACCAAAAAGGAAACCCCUUGGUCAUGGGGUAACCUAGAAGAAGUAGCAUUCCAGGAGCUGAGGUCCCUUGUUACCCGGUCGCCCGUCCUCAUUCAUUCUAACCCGGACCUCCCUUACUACCUUGAAACGGACGCAUCGGGAGUAGCCAUGGGAGCCAUACUCAGCCAACGAGGCCCAGAUAAUUGGUUACAUCCCAUUGCCUACAUGUCAAAAUCCUUCUCAGGAGCCGAAGCAAAUUACGACACCCAUGACAAGGAGCUCCUGGCCAUAAUCAAGGCAUUAGAGGAAUGGAGGAUUUUCUUAGAAGCAACGGACAGACCAAUCCAGGUGUUCACGGACCAUAGAAAUCUGGAAUAUUGGAUGCAGGCACGGACGUUCAACAGAAGGCAUGCGCGAUGGCGGAUUUUCCUGAGCGACUUCAACUUCGAAAUACACUAUCGCCCAGGCAAGCAGUCAGGGAAGCCAGAUGCCCUAUCCAGAAGGUCAGAUUACACGGACAGCCCUCAGGAACCAGAGAUCAUGCUCCCAGCAGAAGUCUUCGCCAACACGUCAGAGGAAGAAGUUGAGAUUGUUACAGAAAUACGCACCAAGCUCAAGGAAGAUCCCUUGCUGGAGCCAAUCAUCACAUUCCUGACAGAGGACGCAGAUAACGCACCUCCCUCUAUUCGAAAGGCCUACCGGGACUACGAUUGGGAAGAAGACCUCCUAUGGUACCGCGGAAAGUUAGUUGUCCCAGACUCAGAACCCCUAAAAGAACGGCUCCUGAAGGAAUUCCACGACUCUCCACUGGCAGGACAUCCAGGACAGCAACGAACCCUGGAACUACUAAGCAGAAACUACUGGUGGCCGGGAAUGAAGUCCUCGGCCAAAGAGUGGGUUGAGUGUUGUCCCAUAUGCCAAGCCAAUUGCCGCGCCCACGCCCCAGUUAUUGCUCUAAAGCCACUGGAAGUUCCCCCAUUCCCUUUCCACACCAUUUCCUACGACUUUAUCACAGGUUUCCCAAAGUCAAAUGGACACGACGCAAUUUUGGUAGUCAUUGACUCCUUUUCCAAAUUCGGACACUUUAUCCCAACUACCAAGAAAGUCACGUCCAAGGGUCUAGCGGAAUUAUUUGUCUCGCAUGUGUGGAAACUUCACGGGUUGUGUUAA